UCGAUUUUAUUGUGAAUGAGGGAAGUGAGAACGGAUUUUAGACAACACGUGUAAUCUUCAGUAAGAUACAAAUUAAACAUCCGACAUCUUUUAAGAUCGAAGUUGUGAAGCGUUAAGCGAUUUGGGAAAGGAGCUUCACUGAGAGGCGAGUCUCAGGCGCCCUCUAGUGAUCCGAGAACAAGCUGCGGGUUUAUAGAGCCAUCAUGAGUGACAACGAGCCAAUGGAGCUGCCCAUGAGCCAGGGCAAGUUCACUGAGUUGUGGGAGGACAUAACAUUUAGAGAGCUGAUCAUGGAGCUGCCUCGAGCAAACAGUGAUGCUUGGCUUAGUGCUGCACUGCCUGAUGGCCCUUUGACUGAUGGCUUUGAUCUGGAUCUCCCGGUGAAUGAUGGUGAUGUUACACCUGCUGUGGAGGCACCAGUUGUGGAAAACCAACCCCCUUCUGCCACUGUAGUCCCCACCACAACAGACUAUCCGGGCGAAUAUGGCCUCCGGUUACACUUUAAUCAGUCCAGCACUACAAAGUCUGCCACAUCCACUUAUUCUCCAUUGCUGAAUAAGCUGUAUUGCCAACUGGCCAAAACUUGCCCUGUGGAUCUGCUGGUUGACAGAGAGCCGCCUCCUGGAGCUGUACUAAGAUUAACUGCAAUUUAUAAAAAACCAGAGCAUGUUUCAGAGGUGGUAAUCCGCUGCCCGCACCACCAGAGCAUUGCUGAGAACAAUGAAGGUGUGUCUAACCAAGGACAUCUGAUAUGUGUGGAGGGCAAUCGGAGAGCCCUUUACCACCAAGACCGGAACACUAGAAGGCAUAGUGUCACGCUACCUUAUGAGUCCCCACAGCUUGGUUCAUUGAGAACAACGCUGCUUAUAAAUUAUAUGUGCAACAGCAGUUGCAUGGGUGGGAUGAACCGGAGGCCCAUCCUGACAAUCUUGACCCUGGAAACAAACAAUGGGCAGGUACUUGGUCGGCAAUGUUUUGAGGUCCGGGUUUGUGCCUGCCCAGGUCGUGACCUUAAAAUUGAAGAAGAUAAUCUGAAGAAGAUUACUGGGGAGAAGGCUACUGGGACAAAGAGAAAGCGUCAGGAUCAGUUGAAAGAGCCACCUAUACCUAAUCCUGAAUCCAGUAAGAAGAUGAAGGCUGACUCCAAUACUGAUGACAAUCUAUACAUACUACAUGUGCGAGGUAAAGAAAGAUAUGAGAUGUUAAAAAAGAUAAAUAGCAGUUUAGAGUUGAUGGAUGUGAUGCCUGUGGGAGAUCAAGAAAAGUAUAGGCAAAAGAGUAGAUCUCACAGAACAGCUUCCAAAAAUGAGCAACCCUGCAUUCAGCCGAAGAGUGGGAAAAAACUGCACUUGAAAGCAAAAUGCGAUUCUGAGAGCAUGUCUUGAAAAUGUCAUUGUUACAUUUUUGGUUUACCAAAGUGGUUGAACCCAUGAGAUCAGCCUUUUUUGUAUUUAGCUGCCACAGUUUAAGAUUUGUGUAAAGUUUGUAGUGAAUUGUCCAGUUUUUUUACAUUCCUGAUUUUUUUAAAAUUGUUUUUAUUUUCUUAUAAUUGUUUAAGUGAAAUUGUCUAAUUUUCAAAAUGUUCUGUCAGUUUAUGCUGAUGCUAAGACACAGCCUUCCAGUAUCACCAGAAUUUGCAUGUGUUUGCAUGCAAUGUAAAAUUUUUCCUCUUAUUUUUUUAUAAAGCCAGAGAGAAUAAAUAAAAAGAAAAGGUAUU